GCACCGCCAAAGAGUGAUUCUACCACACUGGCGUUCAUAGAGGUCCAUGUGCUGGACGGCAGAGCCAUCACCAUAGUGAGCAGCUGACCACCAAGACCCAGACAGACUGGGAGUGGGUGGAGCAGACACUCACAGACAGCUGUCAAGGUAGUCAGACUGUCAGACUUUUGGGUUCAAAUGGGUCACACUUUUCUGCUGUUCUCCCCCUCUGAUAACUCAAACACCUGUCAGCUCCUUCCUGCAAUUAUUUCCUCUCUCCUAGUUCAAAGUGAGUUGGAGAAGUUUAAGCCAAAAGCCUUGGUAGAAUCACAGACAGUCCUGGAGAUUAUAGUUAUUGGGCCAGAUUCAGAGGUAAGGUACGCUAAUGUAUAUGAUUAGUUAUUAGAAAUGCAAUCAUAAUGUAGGCUAGCUAGCCUAUUCAAUCAAUGAAUAUACCAACAAUCCAACAAUCAGAAAAUAGAUAAUAACAAAACUGAAAAAUCUAUUGGUGUGGUGGUAUGAAAGGAUACAACUUUUGUGUCCUCUUUCUAAGAAUGAAGAGACAGAUAGGAAGAAGGAGAAGUAGUUGUAUGGCAUACCUAAUGUGGGGCCACCUACACUAUUGUACAACACUUUUGCAUAAUUGAGAGGAGUGAAUGAGUGAUGGUGAAGCUUGCCUACUCUAGGUCCCGGUGGUGUCCAGCUCUUGAUCUUCUGGGGAUCAGUCCGAACGGGAAAUAGAGCUUGUUGUAUGUGACUACUGCCAGCAACCCAGUAAGCCCUUCAUAAGCCGCAAACAAUUGGAAAAUAAUCCUGACCUGGAGUUGGUGAGUGUUGCUGAAGAUGAUGUUUUUCUUCAGACUAUCAAUUCAAAGCAAAUCAAUGCAAGUAACAACGGGCCAGUCUAAGCCUUUUGAUACUCUUUUCAGAGAGAGACUGGAACGAUUGCAGUCUUAGGUUCCUUUAUGGCUCCUGGUUUGGAUAACAUGCUUCUAAGAUUGUAGAUACAGUUGAAGUCGGAAGUUUACAUACAACUUAGCCAAAUACAGUUAAACUCAGUUUUUCACCAUUUCUGACAUUUAAUACUAGUAAAAAUACCCUGUCUUAGGUCAGUUAGGAUCACCACUUUAUUUUAAGAAUGUGAAAUGUCAGAAUAAUAGUAGAGAGAAUGAUUUAUUUCAGCUUUUAUUUCUUUCAUCACAUUCCCAGUGGGUCAGAAGUUUACAUACACUCAAUUAAUAUUUGGUAGCAUUGCCUUUAAAUUGUUUAACUUGGGUCAAACAUUUUGGGUAGCCUUCCACAAGCUUCCCACAAUAAGUUGGGUGAAUUUUGUCCCAUUCCUCCUGACAGAGCUGGUGUAACUGAGUCAGGUUUGUAGGCCUCCUUGCUCGCACACACUUUUUCAGUUCUGCCCACAAAUGUUCUAUAGGAUUGAGGUCAGGGCUUUGUGAUGGCCACAAUACCUUGACUUUGUUGUCCUUAAGCCAUUUUGACACAACUUUGGAAGUAUGCUUGGGGUCAUUGUCCAUUUGGAAGACCCAUUUGCGACCAAGCUUUAGCUUCCUGACUGAUGUCUUGAGAUGUUGCUUCAAUAUAUCCACAUAAUUUUGUGAAGUGCACCAGUUCCUCCUGCAGCAAAGCACCCCCACAGCAUGAUGCUGCCACCCCAGUGCUUCACGGUUGGGAUGGUGUUCUUCGGCUUGCAAGCACCCCCUUUUUCCUCCAAACGUAACGAUGGUCAUUAUGGCCAAACAGUUAUAUUUUUGUUUAAUCAGACCAGAGUACAUUUCUCCAAAUAGUACGAUCUUUGUCCCCAUAUGCAGUUGCAAACCGUAGUCUGGCUUUUUUAUGGCAGUUUUGGAGCAGUGGCUUCUUCCUUGCUGAGCGGCCUUUCAGGUUAUGUUGAAAUUGGACUUGUUUUACUGUGGAUAUACAUACUUUUGUACCCGUUUCCUCCAACAUCUUCACAAGGUCCUUUGCUGUUGUUCUGGGAUUGAUUUGCACUUUUCGCACCAAAGUACGUUCAUCUCUAGGAGACAGAAUGCAUCUCCUUCCUGAGCGGUAUGACGGCUGUGUGGUCCCAUGGUGUUUAUACUUGUGUACUAUUGUUUGUACAAAUGAACGUGGCUCCUUCAGGCAUUUGGAAAUUGCUCCCAAGGAUGAACCAGACUUGUGGAGGUCUACAAUUUUUUUCUGAGGUCUUGGCUGACUUCUUUUGAUUUUCCCAUGAUGGCAAGCAAAGAGGCGCUGAGUUUGAAGGUAGGCCUUGAAAUACAUCCACAGGUACACCUCCAAUUGACUGAAAUUAUGUCAAUUAGCCUAACAGAAGCUUCUAAAGCCAUGACAUCGUUUUCUGGAAUUUACCAAGCUGUUUAAAGGCACAGUCAACUUAGUGUAUGUAAACUUCUGACCCACUGGAAUUGUGAUACAGUGAAUUAUAAGUGAAAUGAUCUGUCUGUAAACAAUUGUUGGAACAAUUACUUGUGUCAUGCACAAAGUAGAUGUCCUAACCGACUUGCCAAAACUAUAGUUUGUUGACAAGAAAUUUGUGGAGUGGUUGAAAAACGAGUUUUAAUGACUCCAACCUAAGUGUAUGUAAACUUCCGACUUCAACUGUAUGGGUUUGAAUUAAGAUCUCUUCUACACCCAUAGAAGUGCCUUGAUUUGAUGUUGUGUGUUUGCCUUAUUUUUCUACUCAGCUCUUUUACUGUGAACAGGCUCCAACAAAUGCAAGAGAUUCUCCUGGAAUUGGAGUGGGCCUUAGCUGCUGUGGAAGGUGAACAGGAAGAUUGAUGUGGGCCCUCACCCACCCUUUGUGAGCAAACAGGAGAAGAGAGCUGCAAAGGAGCAGGCAGAGCAGAGGUGAGAGAGGAUCUAAUUGAUGUUAUACCCUGUCCAAUUUGGUGCCAGCUACUUGAAACCCCCUGCAGUCAGCUCCUCUAAUGGAAUGAUUGUGCGCCUCAAUCACCUCUGACUAUACAUGUGCAAUUGGCCCUUCUAAGACUUAAAAGCUAAAUGUGGCCAAAGGAACCACUUUCCUGUCAAACGUCUGAGUUUUGGAGAUAGGAGGGUGGCUUGGGAUCUCGAUAUUCAGAGAGAUUUCCACUUAACCUCCCAAAGUGUCCAUCACUCUAACAUUUUCACUCUGAGGAAAGCUAACCUCUAUUUUAACCAAUUUUAACUUCAGGUUGCUGGAAUGGGGACUUCAGAGGGUCCAGAAUACAGGCAAUCAGAACCGCUUUUUCUCAGGUAAGUCCAUCUUCACACUCUCACAAAAAACCAUUGAUACAUUAAAUAGGCAUAUAUUUUAUAAUCUAACUGAUAAAUGAGAUACAGUAUAUUGACUUAGUACUCUCCAUGUCAUUACUGGGUUAUUUUCCUGUGUUUAUAAAGGUGGUGGUCAGCUCAAAACCAUCUCCUACAGACUGUCCAAUGAGGUUUGGAUUAUCCGAGAGAAGCAUUACUUCCCUCAGAUGGAUAUCAGAGACUCCUCAGACAUCUUCACCUUCCAGGGGGAGACAGAGAGGCAGAAUGUAUACAAUCUCUGUACUGUCAUUGACACCAGCUUCUCUCUUCCCUCUACACCUAUGCCCUUACUGUUCAGGUCCAUGGACCGUACCAUUUAAUUAGUGAUUUAUUUGUUUGUUUUUUAGAGAUCACAUUUGCUUCUGAGGUUAUAUCCAACUGGCAAACCCUUCAUCACCCUAUAUCAAGAUGGAACGGGUCAUGUUUUGUAUCCUUUUAUUAAAGGCAGAGGCUGUGGAUCCGUAGGUAACCGCCCCCUUCCUGCCCCCAUGGAUCCCUUUUCCCCAGAGCUGAAAAUUCUAAUCACGUUCUGCGCAUGUGUUUCUUUACCUCUACUUCACAAAUGUUUUUUUUUUGCAUGGGCUGUGUCUCAAUGCACCGCAUCCGCCAAUGGCGGCCUUCCACAUCUGCGGUGGAAGGUGGCUGAGCUACAGUGGUGUUUGUCAGACCAUGAGACGUCCCGAAAAACCACUGAUUGAGAAUUUGUAUAAUGAUAUUCGAGAUAGAGAGAGAGAGAGAGAGAGAGAGAGAGAGAGAGGAGAGAGAGAGAGAGGGAGGAGAGAGAGAGAGGAUGAGAAGAGAGAGAGAGGAGAGAGAGAUGGUAGAGAGAGAGAGAGGAGAGAGAGAGAGAGAGAGAGAGAGAGAGAGAGAGAGAGAGAGAGAGAAGGCUGCAAAGAGAUAUAUCUCUCUGGUUGGUCAGCCUCAUAUGCAGCCUUCUCAGAGUCCAGGCAACAUAAGCACAAACAAAACAUCAUUAAAAUAUGUUAGGAUCACUCUGGCCUGCACUCGUAUAGUCCCAGUCGGUAUUAGAUAGAACGUCUGGGCCCUGCCUGCCUGUGUGGAAAACAACCUGUGGUUCCCUUGGUUACCCCUUUGGCUCACAGCAAAAACUUUUUCAAACACAAAUUCAUUGUUGUCUGCUUGUUUUAGUCAAUUACAAACUACAUUUAAGAAGAGUACAACAUGUCUAAAGAUUACUUUUCAGCAUUGCCUGCUCCCAAGCAUUCCCAAAAUGUAAUAUUGUAGGGCUCCCUCAUGCCCCUUUUCGCCACUUGAGUGAGUGCUAGCUAGCUACCAACCGGAACAUUAAUCUAGCCAAGACCAACUACACAAACAAAUGGACUAUAAUGCUACAAGUAGUGAGUGGAAUUACAAACAGACUAUACUACACAAGUUAAAUGUCUUACCUGUGACUAAAUGUUUUCCACACACAUAGCUACGUGUAGCCUACUUGGACACUGGGUCCCCACAAUUUCCCACUCUCCCACGCUGAAUAGCCUGAAGCCACAGGACUCUGCAUUGCGAACCGUAGGUCAGGGUUUUUGACCUGGUUACAUGUACAUUGAAUAACACAGCAGCUUUUCGGAAUGUUUUGUUAUUUCUGUAUAACUAAAAAUCAACAACGAAGUUGGCUCUUUUACACUGGGGGUCAAUGGGAAAGAAUGUUUGUUUUCCCCAAUUUGUGGGCCUGGUCGAGGGGAAUUCCUUAUUAUUACGUGAAUAUCGACUUGGAGUAUUCCUGUUCAUAAGAGUUUGGAAUUUUGGAAUGUUCAACAUUCUUUAGUCAACUGACAGUUGAUUCAAGACUCAAAAUAACAGUCUGUCAAACCUGGAGGAUUUAUAAACUGUUUUUCAACUUGAGGUAAGCAAGCAAAGCAUUUUAAUGUCUAAUGUAUGUUAAUCUAGAUGAAUAUUUUGUCAAUAUGAAGAAAUAUGUUAUUGACAUCUUGUUUUAGCACCACCAAAAUGUUAUAUUGAAGACUCUGUUUAGCUAGCUAGCUAACAACUUGCAUUAACUUAAUUUAGCUAAAUUAGCAAGUAGGCCUACAGUAAAAACAAAUAUUUAAAAGCAGGUUGUUACAUUGUUUCAGUUGCCUAUGGAGUCCAUGGUGGAUCAGAGAGGGGAAGGGAUCAUGUCAAAUGUUUCAACUUCAAUGAUAUCUCAGCUCCAUCAACACCUUCAUCUACUCUUGCUAAACAGGUGAGACUGCAAUUCUGGGCUUUCUUUUGCAGUUUUAUUAACCUUUUACUGCAGUGGGCUAAAUCAGGGUCACACAGAGUGAUUCUUGGUAGUCUUAAACAAAUCUACUUUGAAACAAAAGUAUACACCCCACUCACAUGGAUAUGGGCUGUAAAGAAAAAGAAGAGACCUGUACCAUGUCAGAUAGAGUUGAAAUGUAUUCAAUUUUUUGUUUGCAUCCAAAUAUUUCACUUUAUAUACACUACCGGUCAAAAGUUUUAGAACACCUACUCAUUCAAGGGUUUUUCUUUAUUUUUUUACUAUUUUCUACAGUACAUUGUAGAAUAAUAGUGAAGACAUCCAAACUAUGAAAUAACACACAUGGAAUCAUGUACUAACCAAAAAAGUGUUUUCAAAUAGCCACUCUUUGCCUUGAUGACAGCUUUGCACACUCUUGGCAUUCUCUCAACCAGCUUCACCUGGAAUGCUUUUCCAACAGUCUUGAAGGAGUUCCCACAUAUGCUGAGCACUUGUUGGCUGCUUUUCCUUCAAAAAAAUAAUAAAGAAAAAACCUUGAAUGAGUAGGUGUUCUAAAACAUUUGACAGGUAGUGUACAUCACAGAAGACUGAAAUAUAACAAAACUGUUUGACAUAGAAACACCGUUUUUCGUCUUUAAAACAAUUAUAAUAUAUUUAUUAAUUAUUAAAAAUAUUAAUAACAUUCCACCCAUGAAGCCAAAGAGGGUGCUUUUGGUCAUUGAGUGCAGGAAGGGGCUACAUAGAGAAUACAUCUACAGUACAUGUUAUGUCAAAUAUAUCCCAAACAUAAAAUAUAGAGAAAUGUCUGGUCCAUUUAUUGAUUGUUUUGUUUUGUCUUAUUGAUCAGUGAUGCCAACCUCACAUGCUGCAGAGUAGAUAGAAUUUAUUUGGAUUAACUGAUGAAGUAAGUUAUGACUGUGCAUGUCUCUGAAUUUUUUUAAAACAUGAUAGUUAUUGUGUAAUGAACACAGUGUCACGAUCGUUGAGAGACGGGUCAGACCAAGGCGCAGCGUGGUAUGCGUACAUAUUUAUUAAUGACAAUAAACACUUGAUAAAACAACGUAAUGUGAAGCUCAAACAAUGGCUACACACUAACAAGCCAAACACGAGUCAAGAUCCCACAACUAAGGUAGGCAACCAGGCUACUUAAGUACGAUCCCCAAUCAGAGACAAUGAGUGACAGCUGCCUCUGAUUGGGAAUCACACCCGGCCAAACAUAGAGAGAUCAACCUACAGUGGGGAAAAAUGUAUUUAGUCAGCCACCAAUUGUGCAAGUUCUCCCACUUAAAAAGAUGAGAGAGGCCUGUAAUUUUCAUCAUAGGUACACGUCAACUAUGACAGACAAAUUGAGGAAAAAAAAUCCAGAAAAUCACAUUGUAGGAUUUUUAAUGAAUUUAUUUGCAAAUUAUGGUGGAAAAUAAGUAUUUGGUCACCUACAAACAAGCAAGAUUUCUGGCUCUCACAGACCUGUAACUUCUUCUUUAAGAGGCUCAUCUGUCCUCCACUCGUUACCUGUAUUAAUGGCACCUGUUUGAACUUGUUAUCAGUAUAAAAGACACCUGUCCACAACCUCAAACAGUCACACUCCAAACUCCACUAUGGCCAAGACCAAAGAGCUGUCAAAGGACACCAGAAACAAAAUUGUAGACCUGCACCAGGCUGGGAAGACUGAAUCUGCAAUAGGUAAGCAGCUUGGUUUGAAGAAAUCAACUGUGGGAGCAAUUAUUAGGAAAUGGAAGACAUACAAGACCACUGAUAAUCUCCCUCGAUCUGGGGCUCCACGCAAGAUCUCACCCCGUGGGGUCAAAAUGAUCACAAGAACGGUGAGCAAAAAUCCCAGAACCACACGGGGGGACCUAGUGAAUGACCUGCAGAGAGCUGGGACCAAAGUAACAAAGCCUACCAUCAGUAACACACUACGCCGCCAGGGACUCAAAUCCUGCAGUGCCAGACGUGUCCCCCUGCUUAAGCCAGUACAUGUCCAGGCCCGUCUGAAGUUUGCUAGAGUGCAUUUGGAUGAUCCAGAAGAGGAUUGGGAGAAUGUCAUAUGGUCAGAUGAAACCAAAAUAGAACUUUUUGGUAAAAACUCAACUCGUCGUGUUUGGAGGACAAAGAAUGCUGAGUUGCAUCCAAAGAACACCAUACCUACUGUGAAGAAUGGGGGUGGAAACAUCAUGCUUUGGGGCUGUUUUUCUGCAAAGGGACCAGGACGACUGAUCCGUGUAAAGGAAAGAAUGAAUGGGGCCAUGUAUCGUGAGAUUUUGAGUGAAAACCUCCUUCCAUCUGCAAGGGCAUUGAAGAUGAAACGUGGCUGGGUCUUUCAGCAUGACAAUGAUCCCAAACACACCGCCCGGGCAACGAAGGAGUGGCUUCGUAAGAAGCAUUUCAAGGUCCUGGAGUGGCCUAGCCAGUCUCCAGAUCUCAACCCCAUAGAAAAUCUUUGGAGGGAGUUGAAAGUCCGUGUUGCCCAGCGACAGCCCCAAAACAUCACUGCUCUAGAGGAGAUCUGCAUGGAGGAAUGGGCCAAAAUACCAGCAACAGUGUGUGAAAACCUUGUGAAGACUUACAGAAAACGUUUGACCUGUGUCCUUGCCAACAAAGGUUAUAUAACAAAGUAUUGAGAAACUUUUGUUAUUGACCAAAUAGUUAUUUUCCACCAUCAUUUGCAAAUAAAUUCAUUAAAUAUCCUACAAUGUGAUUUUCUGGAUUAUUUUUUCUGAUUUUGUCUGUCAUAGUUGACGUGUACAUAUGAUGAAAAUUACAGGCCUCUCUCAUCUUUUUAAGUGGGAGAACUUGCACAAUUGGUGGCUGACUUAAUACUUUUUCCCCCCACUGUAGAUCUACAACAUAGAAAUACACUAACAUAGAUCUCAACAGAAAACUCACACCCUGACCCAACCAACAAGAGUUCUCUCGAUCAGGGCGUGACACACAGCCUAUGUUUAUUUAGUCAGGAUACAAGGAUGGAAGACCGCAUGUUAGUAACUCAACCCAAGGUAAGCUGUCACCUAGCAAAUACAUGUGAGAACACUGCAUUGCAAAAAAGAACAUAACACAGGCAAUGUUCACUUAUUCCCAUGAGAACAGAGUGCUUAACUGAUUCAUUCUAUUUUCAGACUUGACAUACGAUAAAGCUGGGGUCCUAUCUGGUGUCAAACAUUAAGCCCUUAUGGACGGUAGGGCUUUCUGCUUAGGGUGAGGUAUUUAUAAUUGAAGUACAAGAAAAUUGCAGGAUUGAUGUGAUUUUGUUAUUGAUAUUACUGUAUAUAUGAUAGCUAAUUACUUUUUUCUUUCCAGUCAGAAUUUCAUAAGGAAGCUCUGUACGUUUGUUCUCUAGCAUCAUGAUGAAUAGACACAGUGAUUUACGCCUGUAAUUUGUCUUCAGAUUUGACUUCAAAACAAUAAAGAUUGGGUCCUACCUCGCCGCCAACAUUGAGCCGUACCCCACAGCAAGCCAGAAGGUGACCAAAAUAUGGGAAUAUUUUAUAUGUGUUGGUACUGUACAGUGUUGCUAAUCUCAUGGACAAGCUCCAUCCCAUAUGGUCUGACUGUUUUCUGUUGUGCUUUUCUCUCCCAGCUCACCCAUCCAGAAGGCCUUGUUAUGCUGGGGCCAGAUAUCCUGCAGAAACAUCUCCAAAUGAAAAGCCUGGAGAUUUAAUCUCUGCUGGACCAGAUUCCGACCAGCAUGUCCUACCAGUAUUCAGCCAAUCCCCACAACAUUAAGCCCCAUUACAGCAUUGCCCAGAUGCAGAGACUCAGAAGCAGAUGGAAAAACAAACCUUGCCCAAAAAGACCAAAGCACCCAUGGCCUCUAAAGAAAUAUAGUAUUGGUAACAACCCAAAGCCUGUGUUGUUUUUGUAUAAAUCUCGUUGCUAUGAAACCAAGGCAUUUAGCAUUUUACUAACUAGAAAGAAAUACAGAUGUGUGUAGUUGUGCUAAAAUGUUACAUGGAAAAGGCAGGUCAUGCAUCUUGUCAGAUACAUUUUGAAUAUAUUUUUGUAUUAAUGGUUGGCCUAUUGUAAAUGGAAUAAUGAGCCAACGGUCCACCGAAAAAGAAAAUGAGGCACCUCACUCUACACAAUCACAAGUAGGCCUAAAAGAUGAAGCUGAGGUGCCAACAACCCUUGAACUCACAGUUGAAAACGUGCAGAGGUUAGAGCAGCAGUUUGAUGGCACAGAAUGGCUGUACAGCAGCAGUCGCAACUUGGAGGGGUAUGUGGAGCAAUGCAGCCAAAUGGACUGGGAGGCCGGGAGAAUCGAGGAGAUCUGCGAGCAGGAUAUUAAUGGUAGGUCUACUAAUAUUAGGUACAGUGCCUUCAGAAAGUAUUCACACCCCUUUACUUUUUCCACAUUUUGUUGUGUUAUAGCCUGAAUUUAAAAAGGGUUAAAUUGAGAUGUUUUGUUCACUGGCCUACAUACAAUACCCCAUAAUGUCAAAAUGAAUUUUCAAAAUGAAAAUCUGAAAUGUCUUGAGUUAAUAAGUAUUCAACCACUUUGUUACGGCAAGGCUAACUAAGUUCAGGAGUAAACAUUUGCUUAACAGGUCACAAUAAGUCACAUGGACUCAAUAAUAGUGUUUAACAUUUACCUCAUCUCUGUACCCCACACAUACAAUUAUCAGUAAGAUCCCUCAGUCGAGCAGUGAAUUUCAAACACAGAUUCAACCACAAAGACCUGGAAGGUUUUCCAAUGCCUCGCAAAGAAGGGCACCUAUUGGUAGAUGGGUAAAAAACAUUAAUUACAGACUUUGAAAAUCCCUUUGAGCAUGGUGAAGUUAUGAAUUACACUUUGGAUGGUGUAUCAAUAUACCCAGUCAUUACAAAGAUACAUGCGUCCUUCCUAACUCAGUUGCUGGAGAGGAAGGUAACUGCUCAGGGAUUUCACCAAGAUGCCAAUGGUGACUUUAAAACAGUUACAGAGUUAAAUUACUAAGAUAGGAGAAAACAGAAUGGAUCAACAACAUUUUAGUUACUCCACAAUACUAACCUAAUUGACAGAGUGAAAAGAAGGAAGCCUGUACAGAAUAAAAAUAUUCCAAGACAUGCAUCCUGUUUGCAAAAAGGCGCUAAAGUAAUACUGCAAGGAAUGUGGCAAAUAAUGAACUUUCUGUCCUGAAUACAAAUGUUAUGUUUGGGGCAAAUUCAAUACAACACAUAACUGAGUACCACUCUCCAUAUUUUCAAGCAUAGUCGUGGCUGCAUCAUGUUGCAUGGGUAUGCUUGUAAUCGUUAAGGACUGGGGAGUUUUUCAGGAUAAAAAAUUAACAGAAUGGAGCUAAAGCACAGGCAAAAUCCUAGAGGAAAUCCUGGUUCAGUCUGCUUUCCACCAGACACUGAGGGAUGAAUUCACCUUCCAGCAGGACAAUAACCUAAAACACAAAGCCAAAUCUACACUGAAAUUGCUUACCAAGAAGACUGAAUGUUCCUGAGUGGCCCAGUUACAGUUUUGAAAUGGUUGUCUAGCAAUGAUCAACAACCAAUUUGGCAAGACUUACAGCUGUAAUCACUGCCAAAGAUGCUUCUCCAAUUAUAGACUCAGGGGUGUGAAUUAUUAUGUAAAUGAUAUAUUUCAGAAUUGAAUUUUCAAUAAAUUGGCAGAAAUUUCAAAAAACAUGUUUUCACGUUGUCAUUAUGGGGUAUUGUGUGUGGUAGAGGGGUGAGAUUUUUUAUUUAUUUAAUCCAUUUUGAAUUCAGGCUAUAAAACAACAAAAUGUGGAAUAAUUCAAGGGGUAUGAAUUCUUUCUGAAGGCAUAGGUGCAGGUAUAUAGCCAUGAGAUAACUAAUAAACUCAGAAUCUUCAAUGCAAAUAGGCCAUGGCAGGUAGAUGGCCAUGGUAGACAGACACUUAAUUACUCAUAUGUGCAGUAGCCUUCGGUUAAAAUGAUAGACUAUGACAUUUCUGAAUAGUCUCUUCAGAGGAGCUGGAACUGCGAGACCACAUGAGGACAGCUUCUCAAGAUCUGUGCCCACGGUAUUUACAUAAUUUAUGUUAAAAGGAAUCUUGUGACUUCAUUUAAGAGUUGGCAUAUUAUCCCCAAAAAAAAAUUCGGCUGAAAAAUUAGAAGUCAAAGGAAAAAAAUAAAGUGCAAUGAGUUUUCAUGUUAGUGAUAUUACUUUGGUUGAACUGAAUGCCCUGAACCCCAUCUAGGAUUGACUCUCCUGAAUAUGUGGAGGUCUAUGCAUUCGAUGGCAGAGUCAUCUCCAGAAUCAGCACGAGGACACAAACAGACUGGGAUUGGGUGGACCAGAGGAGACAUGAGGAGAGUAGCCAAGGUAAGAGAAAGUGUCAUUUUACUGUACAGUGGAGUAACGUUAUAAUUACUAUGGGAGAGAUGAUUGGUGAUUGUUAUAGGUCAGACUCCAGAAUUAUGCUGAUCUUCAAAGUGGAGCAUGUUGCUUACUUAAGUCGUCUACUUUAUUUUCUCUUGACAAAUUCUUCCUUUGCAGUCAACAUUCAGUCAGAAGAAGUGACUCCAAAACCUGCAGAGGAAUCAGGGACCCCCUUGGAAUGUGUGGAUACAACACUUGACUCUACAAUGCUUGAGGUAGCUAGGCAAAACAAGGAUGUUUAAAAAGAAGGCCCUCACUAUGACCAAUGUAGUACAUUUCACUUGAAAUGUGAUCCAAGAAAUUGCUAUUGCCUGUCUCUGAGAAGUCCCUGAAGUGCUCCAAGUGUGCGCUUUGUGUUGAGAGGAAAAGUCUACAUCUUCAUCUAGGGCCAUUUUAAUUGUUACCAAUUUAACAGGCAUCCACAUCGAAGAUUAGCAUAACUGUAGAUACAAUAUCCAGAAAUCUGGAGUUUCUCAGUUUUCACUUAUUCAUGAUGAGCAAAGUGGGCACUUCUGUUGAGAGUUUAGUAAAUGAUGAACAGCCUUUGUUGUCUCUAUUUAGAAUAUUCCUAAAAACAAGGACCUGGAGAUGAAUAUGUCCCUCGAUAAUGAAGUAUUGGAUACUCUCAGCAAGGAUCCCCAAACUCCCACAGCGUACAGAGUAGAAACUAAACAGUCACCAACACAUUUUGACAUGGUAAUGUUUUUUAUUAUCACCGUUGGAUUGUUUUAUAUAACUUUCUCAAUAUAGUUUUUUCUAAGUACAUUAUGGCUUAACCUAUUCAACUCAACACUGUCGCGACACAGUUAUACACUGAUAACUGCAGUACACAUAUUAUAAUUUCUUGCAGCAUAUUUGCAUACAAUAUUUUUAGAAAGUAGUGUACCCUUGGUACAUAGGCCACUGGCUUGAUGGACAUGCCUAAAAGUGACAGGUUUAGUGCACCGUACUGGAUGUUGUCAACCGAGCUGAAUGCCUGAUCUCCUUCUAGAUCAGAUGGGCAUCCAGCUCAGACUCAUCAGGGGAGAUGCUGGAGAGUGAGUUGGACUCUAUUCCCUGUGAGUACUGCCUGCAGCCCAGGAAGCCCACUGUGACCAGAGACCAGCUAGUCAACAAUACGGACCCAGAGGAGGUGAGGCCUUCACAAACCACAUAAUGCUCUCACACAAAUCUUAUACAGCCAAUAAGGACAAACCUUUUGGGUGAAACUGAAAUUCACUGUAAGAUUAGUCACCAUGGAAAUAAGAUCCAUGGCUUGAUACUUUCAUAUCUCUAUUAGAGGCAGAGCCAUGUCGUAGGUUUACCUGUCACUUAGAUUGCUAAACAAAUCACCUUGACGUAAUUUUAGAUGUCAAAAUCAAUUAGAUUAUACAUGAAUCAUGUUUUUAUAUAUAUAACUUUGUGUAUUUAUAUCAUACAGUUUUUAUUCAAUUGAAAAGGCAUUUCAACAAAUUGGAUGUUAAUUUCUAAAAGAGGCAUGUUUGGGAUAUCUCUUCCUCUGAUGGGUUUGACAUGUUUUUUGUUCUUCCUGUCAGUUGUUUUGUUGUGAGUUGGCCUGGAGGAUGAAUACGUUUCUGAUGGAGGAGGAGGAGGCGGCUUUCGCUGCGAUCCAGGAGAGCAGGAAGAUUGAUGUAGGCCCUUACCCACCCUUCAAGAAGGCUGCAAGGGACCGGGCAGAGCAAAGGUCAUGACCUGUCUCUCGUAUGAUUGAUGGGGCACUAAAAAGAUCACAAUACAAUACACUCGAAUUUACUGUAACUUUGAUAUGAUAUACCGCAGCACUUCUUUAAAACAUCACUGAAAUCUUAAUGGUACUGUUCUCAAACAUCAGGUUGAAAGAAUGGGAGAAUCAGAAUUGCCUGUUUUCAACUAAACAAAGUAAGUCUACUCACAAGGUCACCACCCCUUUGUUACAUGAAAUGUAUUAUAUAAUUCUUUAAGAUACUGAAAGUUGUUUGGAAUCCACUGAUUAAAGUGAAAAACUUUUAAUAUAAUAGAGACAGACAUCUUAGGCUGGUGGACUUUAUUGACAUUUACCUCAUUGUGUUGAUGCUUUUAACAUUGCAGGAUCUAAAGUUAACUUGCGUAACACCAUUUGCUAUCGACUUUCAAAUGAGGUCUGGACUGCAGAGAAGGAAGACCUAUUCGCCAAAAUGGAAAUCAUUGAUUCUCCAGACACUCUCACACUUUAUGGAGAAGAACAAGGACAUAAGGUAUACUAACUGAACUUUUAAUGACGAUUUUCAGCACGGGUGAUGUUAACAAAUAGAUUAGCUCACUCAAUAUACUUCAGUGAGGGCCAAUGGCUUGUACAGUACAUGUCAAUUCAUGAUUGCUGUUUGAUUUUACAGCACACACUAAUCAAGCUCUAUGAGAGUGGUCAAUCAUUUGUCACCAUAUUUCCAGAUGGAACAGGACAGGUUUUGUAUCCUUUUGGAGAGAUUACUCGGAAAAUGUAUUCAAAAUAUUUAAGACAUUUAUUUUGAGUUAUAUGUUGUAUAAUGUUUUUAAAAGUAUUGAUGAUUAGAGAGUAAGCAGGGGGGUCGGAUCAUUGACCAUAAUGGAGUGAAAGCUAUCCAUCAGGAAGACUUGCCGUUCUCAUAUUUGCUGUCCAUGGUGCUGAUUACACCUAUGUGAUACAGGAGGACAAAGAUCUGGUACCCAACAUCCAGGCCGUCUUUACAUCCAGGGGCCAGGCCACCUGCUAUCAUCCCAAUGGUCUUAUAUGGUAUGUACAGUUGAAGUCGGAAGUUUAUAUACACUUAGGUUGGAGUCAUUAAAACUCGUUUUUCAACCACUCCACACAUUUCUUGUUAACAAACUAUAGUUUUGGAAAGUCGGUUAGGACUUCUACUUUGUGCAUGACACAAGUAAUUCCAACAAUUGUUUACAGACAUAUAAUUCACUGUAUCACAAUUCCAGUGGGUCAGAAGUUUACAUACACUAAGUUGACUGUGCCUAUAAACAGCUUGGUAAAUUCCAGAAAAGGAUGUAAUGGCUUUAGAAGCUUCUGAUAGGCUAAUUGACAUCAUUUCAGUCAAUUGGAGGUGUACCUGUGGAUGUAUUUCAAGGCCUACCUUCAAACUCAGCGCCUCUUUGCUUGACAUCAUGGGAAAAUCAAAAGAAAUCAGCCAAGACCUCAGAAAAAAAUUGUAGACCUCCACAAGUCUGGUUCAUUCUUGGGAGCAAUUUCCAAAUGCCUGAAGGUACCACGUUCAUCUGUACAAACAAUAGUACGCAAGUAUAAACACCAUGGGACCACGCAGCCGUCAUACCGCUCAGGAAGGAGACAAAUUCUGUCUCCUAGAGAUUAACGUACUUUGGUGCGAAAAGUGCAAAUCAAUCCCAGAACAACAGCAAAGGACCUUAUGAAGAUGCUGGAGGAAACAGGUACAAAAGUAUCUAUAUCCACCGUUAAACAAGUACUAUAUCGACAUAACCUGAAAGUCCGCUCAGCAAGGAAGAAGCCACUGCUCCAAAACCACCAUAAAAAAGACAGACUACGGUUUGCAAUUGCACAUGGGGACAAAGAUCGUACUUUUUGGAGAAAUGUCCUCUGGUCUGAUGAAACAAAAAUAUAACUGUUUGGCCAUAAUGACCAUCAUUAUGUUUAGAGGAAAAAGGGGAUGAGGCUUGCAAGCCGAAGAACACCAUCCCAACCGUGAAGCACGGGGGUGGCAGCAUCAUGCUGUGGGGGUGCUUUGCUGCAGGAGGGACUGGUGCACUUCACAAAAUAGAUGGCAUCAUGAGGAAGGAAAAUUAUGUGGAUAUUUUGAAGCAACAUCUCAAGACAUUAGUCAGGAAGUUAAAGCUUGGUCGCAAAUGGGUCUUCCAAAUGGACAAUGACCCCAAACAUACUUCCAAAGUUGUGGCAAAAUGGCUUAAGGACAACAAAGUCAAGGUAUUGGAGUGGCCAUUACAAAGACCUGACCUCAAUCCUAUAGAACAUUUGUGGGCAGAACUGAAAAAGCGUGUGCGAGCAAGGAGGCUUACAAACCUGACUCAGUUACACCAGCUCUGUCAGGAGGAAUGGGCCAAAAUUCACCCAACUUAUUGUGGGAAGCUUGUGGAAGGCUACCCGAAACGUUUGACCCAAGUUAAACAAUUUAAAGGCAAUGCUACCAAAUACUAAUUAAGUGUAUGUAAACUUCUGACCCACUGAGAAUGUGAUGAAAGAAAUAAAAGCUGAAAUAAAUCAUUCUCUCUACUAUUAUUCUGACAUUUCACAUUCUUAAAAUAAAGUGGUGAUCCUAACUGACGUAAGACAGGGAAUUUUUACUAGGAUUAAAUGUCAGGAGUUUUGAGAAACUGAGUUUAAAUGUAUUUGGCUAAGGUGUAUGUAAACUUCCGACUUCAACUGUAUAGUUACAUGCCCACAAAAGUUCUAGCAGGAGGCGAGGCCAUGACUGCACCAGUGAGAGGAACCAAUUAAGUUCCUGACUAGCAACAGAGAUGUGUUGGCUGUCUAGAUGUGCAAGGAGUUUACUUCUCCUAGUAGGAGGGUAUAAAUAUAUGUGCUUGCACAAACAUGUAUUUUUCUUUGUAGCUGUUUGACCCAGUGGGUGAAUAAACUUGGUUUGAGCUUUUUCCAUUUGAGUUUUUACUCUGUGUAGAACCUAACAACACGAGAAACUGCUGAGAGUGAAAAACCCAGCAGUGUUGCAGUUCUUGACUCACUCAAACUGGUGGGCCUAGCACCUACUACCAUACCCCGUUCAAAGGCACUUAAAUAUUUUGUCUUGCCCAUUCACCCUCUGAAUGGCACACACACACAAUCCAUGUCUCAAUUGUCUCAUGGCUUAAAAAUCCUCUACACUGAUUGAAGUGGAUUUAACAAGUGACAUCAAUAAGGGAUAAUAGCUGUCACCUGGAUUCACCUGGUUAGGCUAUGUCAUGGAAAGGGCAGGUGUUCCUAAUGUUUUGUACACUCCCUACAGAAAGUUUCAGAGGUUUCAUUUCGAGGGUAUGGUCUACGAGUUUCUGGUCCUGCCUUUCAGGCUCUCCCUAUCCCCUGCACCUUUUCUAUGGUGGUGGAGGCGGCUUUGACACCGGUGUGGUGCCAGGGGAUCAGAGUAUUGGCCUAUCUGGAUGAUUGGCUAGUCGUAGUGGAGUCGAAGGAACAGGUGGAGCGCCACACUGCCACGCUGGUUUCCCAUAUUCAGUCUCUGGGGUUCAUAGUGAAUCACAAGAAAAGUUGUUUGACUCCGACUCAGCACAUUCAGUUUCUGGGUCUCGUUCCGGACUCGAUUCUAAAUUAUGCGUUUCUGGUCCAACAGAGGAGGGUCGCAUUACGGCUCUGUCUGGCACAGUUUCAGUUGGGGCACUCUGUGCCUUUUACCUUGUACCUGCGGUUAUUGGGUCUGAUGAUGAUCAAUCAAUCACAUUCAUUCAUAAAGUCCUUUUUACAUCAGCAGAUGUCACAAAGUGCCAUACAGAAACCCAGCCUAAAACCCCAAACAGCAAGCAAUGCAGAUGUAGAAGCACGGUGGCUAGGAAAAACUCACUAGAAGGGCAGGAACCUAGGAAGAAACCUAGAGAGGAACCAGGCUCUGAGGGGUGGCCAGUCCUCUUCUGGCUGUGCCGGGUGGAGAUUAUAAGAGUACAGAUUGUUCUUCAAAAAGUUCAAACGUUCAUAGAUGACCAGCAGGGUCAAAUAAUAAUCACAGUGGUUGUAGAGGGAGCAACAGGUCAGUACCUCAGAAGUAAAUGUCAGUUGGCUUUUCAUAGCCGAGCAUUCAGAGGUCGAGACAGCAGGUGCGGUAGAGAGAGAGAAUCGAAAACAGCAGGUCCGGGACAAGGUAGCACGUCCGAUGAACAGGUCAGGGUUCCCCAGCCGCAGGCAGAACAGUUGAAACUGGAGCAGCAGCAUGACAAGGUGGACUGGGGACAGCCAGGAGUCAUCAGGCCAGGUAGUCCUGAGGCAUGAUCCUAGGGCUCAGGUCCUCCUGGAGGGGAGGGAAAGAGGGAGAGAGAGAGAAUUAGAGGGAGCAUACUUAAAUUCACACAGGACAACAGAUAAGACAUGAGAAUUACACCAGAUAUAACAGACUGACCAUAGCCCCCCGGCACAUAGACUAUUGCAGCAUAGACACUGGAAACUGAGACAGGGGUGGGUCCGGAGACACUGUGGCCCCGUCCGACGAUACCCUGGACAGGGCCAACCAGGCAGGAUAUAACCCCACCCACUUUGCCAAAGCACAGCUCCCACACCACUAGAGGAAUAUCAACAGACCACCAACUUACUACCUUGAGACAAGGCUGAGUAUAGACCACGAAGAUACCCACUGAUAUCUUUCUGACAGAUAAAGUUAUGCGUUUGUUUCAGUGCUGGGUGAUUGCUACUCGUCUGGGCGCAUCUCACCACUGCCAUCAGUUGCUCAAUGUAUCUCCGUCAUGCCUAAGAGAGUUGACUCCUUAGAGGCACCCGCGACUGCUGUUGCAGGGGGUUCUCAUGGGCUGGGUUGUGUCCCGCAGGGGGAUCAUGACAGAUGCAUCCUUACUGGGAUGUGGAGUGCUGUGUGUGGGCUAGUCAGAAAGAGGGACCUAGAGCUACUGACUGUUUUGCUAGCGUUGAGGCGUUUUCUUCCGAUAUUGGAGGGCCAGCAUGUGUUGGUAAGGUCCGACAACAGGACGGCGGUGACGUACUGUACAUCAACAGGCAGGGGGGGACGCGGUCUCUCUCUCUCUGCUAAACUUGGCCUGUUAUCUGCUAUAUGGAGGAGUGCGCAUUUCCUGUCACUCAGGGCGACGUAUCUUCCCGGAUCUCAACGUGGGUGCGGAUCUACUUUCCAGGGGGGUCCUAUCUCUACGGAGUGGAGACUGCUCCACUCGGUGGUUGUCCAGAUAUGGGACCAGUUCGGCAGGACCGACAUAGAUAAUUACACAUUGUGAGAAAACGCGCAUUAUCGUCUGUUCUUCUCAAUGAGGGAUCUGAGUGCUCCGUUGGGAACGGAUGCUUUGGCGUAUCAGUAGCCUCGGACCCUGCUCUUUGCAUUUCCUCCGGUGGACCUGAUUCAGGCCACUGUGGAGAGGGUCCGUCAGGAGGGUCUGUUGUUGAUUCUGGUGGCUCCCCAUUGGCCCAGACAACCCUGGUUCCUGGAGAUCAUCCGCCUGUUGGGCGGGGACCUGUGGGUUUGGCCACUGAAAAGUUGAAAUUGACGGCUAGUGGUUUACCCUCGAACAGGAUUAUGACUAUACAGUCGUUGCGUGCGCCCUCUACGAGAAGGUUGUAUACAUAUAAGUGACGCGCGUUAGAGGGUUGGUGUCAGGUUAAAGGAGAUUCUCCUUUUCAGAGCUCUUUGGUGGAAGUGGUUAUGUUCUUGCAAGAGUUUUUUGAGGUGGGCCUUUCUUUUUCCACUUUGAAGGUCUAUAUGGCAGCCAUCUUGGCAUGUCAUGUAGGGGUUGACGGCUCUACCCUGGGGUCUCCUCCUCUGGUGGUGCGGUUCCUGAAAGGUGUGCAUCGGCUCAGACCAGUGUCUAAGCCUAUGGCACCGACCUGGGACCUGGCUUUGGUCUGGUGUCGGCCAAGCACGUUGGUGAUCUCCAUCUCCAUCAGUACACCCUCCCCAUUUUGAGUUCGCGCCUGGCUACUCAAAAGUGAUGUUAUGUCCUAAAACAGCUUUUGCUCCCAAGGUUAUGCCUAUGUCUUACAGGUCCCUGGCUUUUGAGCUGUUCCAUUUCUCGCCUUCUCUGUUUCCUUCUAGUGAACAACGGCGGUUCCAUGGCCUGUAUCAAGUAUGCGCUUUACACACGUAUAUGGAUAGGACUGCGUUUGUGACCAGAUUCCCUAAUCCAGCUCGUGGUAGGGUGCUUUCCAAGCAGCGUCUUUCUCAUUGGAUUGUGGAGGCUAUCUCCCUGAAAUAUGACAGCAAAGGACAAGGGUUGCCUAGCGGUGUGUGUGCUCUCUCCACUAGAGGUGUGGCGGCUUCCUGGGCAUUGUUCAGGGGCAUGACGAGUGGUGAUGUCUGUGCUGCAGUGAGUUUGGGUUCCCCACAUACCUUUUUCCCAGUGUGGCUCAUAGUGUUCUUAUGGCUGGGUCCGAGAGUGGGUGUUAAGCAGUGCGCAGGUUGCACAUUUAUCCGGGUAACACAGUUUCCUGUGGGUUUGAGCGAUUGCAGCACGCGAGUACAGUUUCCAGGUCACUGCAAGUUUCCUGUGGGUUUGAGCCUCGGGCUGCCGUGGUUCAUCAAUUCUGGUCCCUGCUAUGCAGCGUGUGUGCUUUACCAAGUCACGACAAGUAUUCUGUUGUUUUGGACUUGCGGUCCCUUGUACGAGUUCUGACAUUUCAGGCUUGUAAGGUAAGUGUUAUUCUUGGAACCGUGGAGCCUAUGGACUUGGGCUGCAGUGGCAGCUUGUCAGUGUGCAUAACCAAGUUGCAGCAGGUUCUGGUUGAGGCUUUGACAGUUCAGGCUUCUCAGGUAAGUAUUAGGGAAAAAGGUGGCUUCUUUAACUUUUGGAGACGAUGGAACCUGUGCGUGCUUGGGCUGCCGUGGGCCUCCUAGUUUGGUACCCUCUGGGCCGGCUUUGGACGUGAUUGUAUGUCCCCAUAGUAUGUUAUACUGAGUGACCGACUGAAAGGGAACUUACAGUUUUGAAUAUAACUACUGUCCCCUGAAGGAGGGAACGAGGUAUAACAUAUUUUGGUCCCGCGCUGUCAGAGGGUUUGGGCUCGCUGAAGAGCGGCACUGAAUUGAGGAAAUUAAUGCAAGCCCAGCAUUAUAGCCAGGAAGGUGGGGCUUCUGAGGGUGGGCUCAGCAUCCAUUGGCCCGUUGGGCGUUUUCUUCAGGUGAAUAUGAUUGGUUGUUGACUCCUCAUAGUAUGUUAUACCUCAUUCCUUCCUUCAGGGAACAGUAGUUAUAUUCAUAAUUGUACAUUUGUGUGUUUUGUUUGCUUGGUUGGCAGGGUGAACCUGACCCAGCUGGGAGGCUCCUGCUGUAGUGACACCGGUGCUCUGAGGAGGCGCUGGAGUUGGCUGGACCACGAGCCCCACGUCCACGCCCCUCCCUUCCAGCCCAUCUGUCUGACCCUCAGCCCCAACAUCAGCCUCCGCAUCCAGAACCAGGACUGCAUCUACCUCACCUUCACCUCUCGCAAAAACAGUGUGAGGUUCAACGUGGGGGCCAAACUCAAGGUGAGACACUGACUGUCCAUUAGAUUCAAUACAGACACCAGAUGAUAGUGGCGUACAUUACUCUAAUCAUGGGAGAAGCACAGGAGAAUACAGUGCUUUAUAAUGAGCACUGAAGUGGAUCACAGUUGUCACAUCCUUUCCACAGCUCUCUACUAACACCCACUCAUAUCAGGGCUGAUCACUUUGUUUUUUCCCCAGCUGGAGCACUUGAAGGGCCUGAUGUUGCCUGGGCCAGACCUGGACCAGAGACACCUCCACAUGAAGAGUGCAGAGAUCUGCAACCUUCUGCAGAGGAUCCAGGGCUAUAUCACCUACCAACAGGCCCCAAGUCCACAGAAGGUCACGCCCCAAUACAGUCUGGUCUCUCAAAUGGAGAGACUGAAGACACCUCUGGACAAGCACCGCUCAGUCAAGAAGAGAGUUCAGAUAGCUACCAAAGCCAUAUCAUUUAUUUUUCAU